UAAUACAUAUUGGUAUAUUAAACAUUCAAAUUCGUUUUCAAAUAACCGUCCAGAGAAUUAUCGAAUAAUAUAUGUAUGUUUAUAGUUCAUACACAUUAAAAUUUGUAGAUGAUUUCUUAUUUGUUUAAACAAUAAACAAUAAACAACUCUGAACUAUAUUUUGAUUAUUGAUUGAAUGUCGUGCUACAAGAACGAGAAAGAGCUAUGAUUGGACCUAUAUGCAUAGGAAAAGUCACUGUAAAGGAAUUUUUGAAGUAAAAAGGAAAAUGUCUAAUGUUAGUAAUUUGGAACAACAAAUUGCAAAUUUGCAAAUUAAUCAUGAGGAUGGCGUUAAAACCACUAAGUCUGGAAAGAAAGUAGGACCAGCUGUACCUCCAAAACCAAAAAAAUCACAACCACAGAUACCACAAAGUUAUAUUAUAAAGGCUGCUUCUGUGCCAUCAUAUAGUACAUUACUUAAUAAUUCUGGCCAAAAUGAAAAAUCAUCAAAUUUGUAUGUGAAUUCUCCUUUGCCAUAUGUGCCACUGAACAUAGAGAAAAAUGAUUUUUCAUUAUCAUCUACUUUAAAUGGAAAUGAUGUUCCUAAAAGCUACCAAAACAAUGAAAAUUUUUAUAUGCAUCAAUCGGAUGAAAAAUUUGAGCCAAAAUAUAGAUAUGAUGAAAAGAAUCACUAUUCAAAUGUUGGAAAUAUGCCUACUCCUCAAAUCCCAGUUGAAGAUCAUUCAAGAACAACACAGAACAUUGUAUACAGCAAUAUAGGUUCUCCAAUAUCUAUACCAGUUAAUAAGACAGCUAAGACUGAAAAAGAUAUUAUCUACAGCAAUAUUCAAUGGAAUUCUAAACCAGAAAAUACAUAUUGUAAUAUUCCUUCUGCACACAAUAAUGACGACUUACCACCACCGCCAGAACCUUCAGAAUAUGUUCCAUGUGUAUUGGGUAAUUCUUUCCCACCGCCACCUGAAGAAUUACCGCCUCCACCAAGUCCUGUGUCAUCCAGUUAUAGCGAACUAAGACGCGCUACUUAUCAAACUGAUUUUCCAUCUGACAAUUAUCCAAAUGAUAUUUAUGGACCAAGUUCACAAUCUAGUUCUACAUAUGAAUCUAUAUAUGAACCAAUUAAUCCUAGACCACCUUCACAAUUAUCUUGCAAUUAUUCUAUGUAUUCUGGUUAUGGCUCUGCUACAUCUACUCAACCUCAAGGAAAAGUCUCUCCAGUUAAGGAAGUGGAUGUUCUAACUGAUUUGUUAGUUCAAGGAAUGGAGGAUAAUGCAGAAGAUAGUGAUAUAUAUGGAAUUUGUGCUCAUUGUGGUCGUAAAGUUGAAGGCGAAGGUACUGGUUGUUCCGCGAUGGAUAAAGUAUUCCAUAUUGACUGCUUUUGUUGUUUUGUGUGCAAAGUUAAUCUACAGGGUAAACCCUUCUAUUCACUGGAAAAUAAACCCUAUUGCGAGGAAGAUUACUUAAACACUUUAGAAAAAUGCUGUGUUUGCACUAGACCAAUACUGGAUAGAAUAUUAAGAGCUACAGGAAAACCUUAUCAUCCAUCCUGUUUUACAUGUGUUGUUUGUGGACAAAGUUUGGAUGGUAUACCAUUUACAGUAGAUGCUACAAAUCAGAUUCAUUGUAUAGAAUGUUUCCACAAAAAAUUUGCACCACGUUGUUGUGUUUGUAAGCUACCGAUUAUGCCAGAACCAGGACAAGACGAAACUGUGCGUGUUGUAGCACUAGAUCGUAGUUUCCAUAUUCAGUGUUACAAAUGCGAGGAUUGUGGAUUAGUUUUAUCCUCUGAUUCUGAGGGGCGUGGCUGCUAUCCUUUAGAUGAUCAUGUAUUAUGCAAAAGUUGUAAUGCUACUCGUGUGCAAGCAUUAACAUCACAUAUGACAACUGAAUUAUAAAUUAUGAAUAUUGAAGCAAUAUAUUAAAUUGUUAUAUUUAUAGUUGCCGUUUUACGAAUUUUUAAUGUUUAGAUAAAUGACAGACAUCUAAUGUCUGAACAAUUUUUUUAUAAUUUAAUACUUCGAGAUAAAUUACACCAAAUAUUCAUUAUAUUUCGAUUUUUCUGUUUAAGAUUUAUAUUUUGAAAAUGAUAUACAUAUAUCUGUAUGUAUAGUGACUUAGAAUAAGUAGAUUUGAAAGAACUUUCCGAACCAAGUAAAUGUUACUGCCUUUGCACUGCUAACUAUAAAUGCGUAAUGUUGUAACUUCUGCAAUAUAAUUGAUUAUAAUGAUUAAUGUGAUUUAGUAUUGCAUAUAUUAUUCAAUAUAGAUAUUCAAUUGAAGUAUUACAGAUAUUUUCUAGUUA